GGAGGCCGGGUGACGUCACCGCGGUGCGUUGGGAGCGGCGAGGCUGAGGUGAGGGGCGGGCGAGCGCCGGGCUCGACCGGGGCUGGGGGCUCCGCUGCUAGGAGGAUCCAGGAGGUCCGGGGAACAGGGGAUCCGGGUCCGGCCCACGGCCGGGGCUGAGACGGGCUGCUUGGUUCUCCCCGGACCGUGGCAAUUGACAGCUAGAUGUGAAAGCUUAGCAGUGCUGAUGGAGAGGUGCGAUGGAUGCCUGCGCUCUGACAGCCUGAGCGGUGCCUCGGCUCAGGCAUCGCCCACCAGCCGGCCGGGCUGAUCCCGGUGAGAGCCAUGCGAGGCCUAAUCUCCUCAGGGACCGAGGCUCCUGGGCCAUGUGUUGUCAGGACGUAACAGCAGCAGCCCGAGCUGGGACCAGACAAAGCUAAAGCUGCCACAGCCACACAGGUGCCCAAGUGCCAGGCAGCGUUUGGCUGCAAGUCCCUCACUGCCCUCCGAGUACCUGUGGCGUCUCCAGCCACUGAGCUCUGCUGCUCUCCUGCUGCCGAGUCCUGACGUCCCUGGCAGCAGGAACAGCUCUCCAGAUCACUCCUCAGGGCUUGACAGACUCUUUACCAGUGUCUGAUCUCUACAGCGAGAUGUCGUGCCCAAAGGAACUGGAUGCCCUGGCAGAUGGGGAUCUGCUUGACUUUCUUCUGAAGGAUGAUGCUCCCUGCCCUGAAAUCCCAGGGGAGCAGAAUAGUCUGCUGGAAGACUGGGGCCUGCCAAUGCCUGAGCUUCUGGACAAGGAGAUGGAUGACUUCAUCAGCUCACUGCUGAACCCUUUAGAAGAUGAACCAGACAGGCUCAGUUAUUUGCCUGCCAGCAAUGACAGCAGCAUUUCUGAGGAUCAGCAUCUGUCCCGUUGCCUUGGUAGCAAUUUUGCCAGCCGAGACAUUGUGCAAGUUGAUCAUAACUACUCCCUUCACCAGGACUGGCCUGCACUGGAAGGUGUGAGGUCUGACAUGACAGAAGGAGAUGUUACCAUUGAGCUAGGGGCAUGGGUAGGUUUGGAAGGCACAAGCGAGGCACUGGAACAGAGCACCACUUCCCCCAUUGCUGUUGCUGUGGAAGAUGAGCCCCAGCUGGUGCCUGGAGCCAUGGUACAGUCUGACUUACCAGAGCUGGUCCUGACAGAGGAGGAGAAGCAGCUUCUGGAGAAAGAAGGUGUUACAUUACCAACCUGUCUGCCACUGACCAAAGCUGAGGAGCGAGUUCUGAGGAAAGUGCGUCGUAAGAUUCGGAACAAGCAGGCAGCUCAGGAUAGUCGUCGCCGGAGGAAGAUCUAUGUGGAUGGCCUGGAAAACAGGGUGGCAGCCUGCACAGCUGAAAAUCAUGAACUGGAGAAGAAGGUGCAGCAACUGCAGAAGCAGAACAUGUCACUGCUCAGGCAGUUGCAGAAACUGCGGGCCUUGGUGAGACGGUCUGCCCCUAAAACUGCCAGAAGAAAAACCUUCACCAUGAUCCUGGUUCUGUCCUUCUGUCUCGUCCUGUCUCCCAGCAUCCGCUUGCCCGGGAGCGUAGAGCCACAGCAGGAGCUCAAGGUGCUGUCACGGCAGAUCCGCGAGUUUCCAAACCAGGGAGCACCUGAUGUGCAGCACGAUACUGAACUGGAGGGCUUCAGCCCAGAGCCUGGAGACUCCUUGCUGUCAGGCAACCUCAGUCAGUCAUGGGAAGAGGGGCAGAGUCCACUUAGCUCCAGUCCUGGAUCUUUCAACAGCAACUCAUCCUCUGACCCUCCAGCAGCAGCAGGCUCCAAGCCAGGCCCGCCCCAGAGUGGCCCUUUGCCAGCAGCAGUGCUGGUGCCAUGGAAAUCCAAGGGUCAGGAGUGGGUGGAACACCCUGACAGAGUUCUUAUCCAGCAGCACCAUGCCAAUGAGAUGUGACCAGUGCUGCAUCCUGCUCCUUGGGAUGAUACUGGGCAUCCUGUGGAGCAGGGACAGAUCUGCACUAACAGAUUAUCUAUCCAAGCAGUUUCUUCUGAAUACUCUUCUCAUUGCCAGUGACUCAGAGAGUUUACCAGGGAGGAAUAGAUCUGACAUUUUUUAUCAGACUCCAUCUGAGGUGAGACAGGAAAUUCUGAGAAUUUCACUGUGGCUGCUGAUGUGGCUUGCAGCCCAGAGUGCACCUUGUGGCUUGUGGGGAUCUGCUGUGGAAGGGAGAGUGGAGGCAGUCAGACUGAGGUGCCAGUACUUGGUCUGACUGAAUGCAGCUGGCAGUGGAGGCUGCUGCCCUUCUUCUUCACUGCCCAGCUGGAGAUAAACAGGUGCUUCUUAGUCUGUGUUGUGGCCCCAAACAUAUGUUCCAUGUCAGUGCCCCUUAAUCCUGCAGUGCUGCCUGAUUUCUAGGUGUGAGGGAGCAAUCUGACUAUCAGUGCUCUCACAGGAGUGUCCUGCCUGCUGCUGCGACAGACCCAGCAUGUCGCCUGUUCCUGCUAGCUUUUGAGCCAUGGCCACAGCUCCUAGCCUGGCUAGAGGAGGUAAUGUUGAGUCCUUCCUGAGCCAUGUGUGCUGUUUGCCUACCAUAAGGGCUGAGUCUUUCAUCUCCUGCAGGCUUUUGGGCUUCAGGGAGCAGGCAUGCCUUGAGCCAAACUGCUGAGGCAGCAUGUUCAGAGAGCAGCAGAGCUGCUUGCUCUUCUGGAGGCUUUCCUGGCCACAGGACAGUUUAAAGCCAUGUCCUUGUGUGCCCAAGCCUUGCUGUGCUGGCUGGUGACGCAGUCAGUGGUUCUGGGUUGAACAGAAACACUUUGAGCUGGUGAGCAGUGUCUUUGCCAGAGGGCAGCUUAGUGGUACCUGUAGAGCUCUCCUUGUCCUACUGCAGGACAUUCCAUAGAGUCAUAUAGAAUGGUUUGGAUUUGAAGGGGCCUCUAAAGGUCAUCUAGUCCAGUUCUCCUUGCAAUGAGCAGGGAUAGCUUCAAAUUGGAUCAGAAUAAUAAUGAAUAGCUUCCUUAUCGAUAGAGUCUAAAUAAAUAUUAAUGGUGUGUAA